GCCUGUCUCGGGAUUGCUCGGUUCUGGAAUUACGGGCCGUUUGAGUCUAUGAUGUCAGUUUCCGGAGGCGCACUUUGUGAGAUUCUGUAUAAGACAGCUGCUUCGUCCGUGUAAUCAAUAUGUGCUUUGAAGAUCUUUCGCACAAAACAUAUGAUAUACUUAAUCUGACUCUCCUGUGCGCUAUCGCCGUCAUGCCAGCCACAGCUUCAGACGUCUGCCUUGUCAUCCUGGCGAUUUUCAUCCCCCCACUCGCAGUCUUGUUGAAGCGGGGAUGUGGCCCCGAUCUCUGCAUCAAUAUCGUACUGACUUUGCUCGGUGACAUCCCGGGCAUAAUUCAUGCAUUGUUCAUUGUUUUGACUUCGCGCGAUAGACGGGACUGGAAUCAGAACCAGUACUACCAUCAGAGCCGAUAUUAUUGAUCCGGGCUCUAUCUAAUGGUAUCUUUACGAGUUGUCAGCGUAAUGUGUAAGGUGUAUUCUGGGAAGGACUAGCUCUGACUGAUUGUACAUACAUGAUUUUUGUUCCUUGAACUACCUCCUGCUUAAAGUACUCGCCUAUUAAUCCAAAUCAUCA